CCAAACUCUCAUUCUCACGCGGCACCUUGUUGUGACAUUAACACGUCACCUAGUUACUUCAACAAGCCUUCUAAGAAAAAGAUCUACCACCAUGUCCGCUGUCUUACUCCUUCUCCCACUCCUCUUUCUAAAUUCACCCAUUCCCCUCGUUCCCCAUCCAACCCUCUUCCUUCAGCGCCUCACGCGCAUACCCAAGAAGAGGUCAAAAGGACUCAUUCAGGCCGUACCGUUCGCUUUGCUGACUACUUUCGCCCGUAGUGACGGUCUCUGGGGGGGAGUGAUGUAGUGUACUUAUUUACAUAUUUAUUUAUCUAUCUAUCUAUUACACUACAUUUAUUUAUUUAUCAUUUAUUUACAAUAUAUAACAUUACAUUCACGCAUUCACACACACACAUUCACAACACAACAUCACAUACUCAAAACACAUCUCAUAUAUUCACAUACAAAAUACAUAUUAUACACGUACAAACAAACACGCACACUCCACAUUUUUAUAUACAAUUGCAACGCGCUACAGAGCGCCGCCCGCGGCGCGGAUGCAAAAUGUCCGAAAUGCGGAAUCAUGCACCGCGCCGCGCCGGCCGGCCAACAGUCGCCUCGCGCUGCUACACUGUGCUGACACCUCGCUCGUUUGCCCUCUCGCCCGCCAUUUUGUUUACGUGUUUUCUUAGUUUAUAUUGUUUACGUGUACGUCUUAACUUGUAUCCGUGUACGUGAAACAAUAAACUGUUUUAUUAUUAUAUAGUGGUUUAUUUCACCCCACGGUGAAACUACAUCCUCAAUAACCGCUAAAGAUUGCUUGUCUAAAACACUAAAAUAACGAUGUUUUCUAUUAAGGUUUCGGCAGUGAGAACCGAGGAAUGCAACUUAAAGAGACUUGAAAAUCUGAUGUUAUAAAAGCCCUCACACUCUAUCAAUGGUUGUAUAGCUCGGGCAUGCGCAGUACGCCACCAAACGCCAUACUUCUCAUCAAUGGGGCAGCCAUCUUGAUGACGUCAGAGAAAUGGCGCCCUUUAUGCAAUUUUUAUGAUAAGGUAAAAUCACUGCAAAUAACAGAAAUAACAAUAUUUAAAUGAAGGAUUGUAGUUCAAUGUCAUGGACUUUCGCCCUAUCAAUAUUUUGACCGUUAAUAUGAGGUUGGGGAUACACUUCUAGUACUUUGCAGGCAAUGAAUAACAAAGUAAUCGAAUAAUUCUGAUUGAAAAUAUUGUUUGGCAUGUCCGUGGUGAAGUUUCGCGUCUGCGCUGUUCAUCCCUGUACCAAUUUCUGUGCAAGUGUAACUCGAAACUGUUGUAAAGUGCUGUGUUUUUGUAUAAAAAAUUGUUUAAAAAUACACUACCAACAUGUCGUGCGGGUCAGAAUGUCUAUCGGUGGGUCCGCCGCCGGACAGCAUCCUGCGCAUGCCGCCACCGCCACUACCAGCCUUCCUAGCCAGCGCCGGCGCCGCCAACCUCACCCCGCCGUGCAAAGCGGCGCGCUGCCCGCCGCACCACAACAACGAAGUCAACGCACUCUUCCCGGGAGUCGAGUACCACGAGCUGCCACGACAUGAGCCAGCGGGGUACGACGACACGUGGUUCCUAGUGCUGAUUACUUGCUGUAUCGCAGUUCUCUGCAUCGCAGCGCUGCUCGCCCUCUUCCUGCUCAAGUGCAGAGAGGUGCGCGGUGGCUGUAAGAGCGGCACGGGCAAAGCCAGUGGCUCCAACGCACUAUAUGGCAGCGCGGCGCUAGACUCCCGCGUGCUUUGGGCGGCGCUCACCCCAAGGGGCACGAGGCACUUCGUCGCCGACACCUACCCACACGACGACACAGAAGACCAUCACUACGAGUGCGUGGAACCCCCGCUUUACAAGCUCGGACCACCUGAAGACCUCGCCAUCACCAGACACUUCAACGUGGAAUACGAAGACCCGGCACCUCUCAUCGAAAGUUACUCCGAUAGAACCGAGGAGUACUUCAGGAACGGGAUGGAAACUCUACGUAGAACGAGACCGCUUGUCUCCUCGCCUACUAGGAUCGAAAGACCCAACCUUCCUCCGUUGAAUCUGCAGCCAAGGAGCCUUCGACGCGCGCCGCACUCGAGACGCGUCAGUGACGCCAACAACUCUGAGAAGUCGGCCAUCUGAAGCGAGGAAGGCGCGGUCUUCUCCGUCGCCGAUACAACAGAUAUAGAGUACGAGUGGCACGCCCGCGCCCCCUCCAACGUCGACCGCCUCGUGUGAGGACCUCGCACGCAACAGUUCACAACACUAAAACAAAAACUAUAUGAGUGAUUUCAAAUUCGUGUUUAAGUAGUACUCACAAUAUUUUAAAUGAUAAAUAGCUUAAAUGCACAGAUAAUGCCUAGAUUUAAGUACAUACACGUAUGCUUUUGUUUAAAAAUGUACUCUAAAAACCUGUAAAAAAAAACACCAAAUAUGUGUUAAAACAACGUAAUAUAUAUAAAAUUAGGAUUUACCAUUUACUUGAGUAAUUAAGAAAGUAGUUUAAGCUACAAAGUAUAACGAUACAUAAAUCUAUACAGAUAAACACUCACCUACACAACAUUAGUAAAAUAUUAACCAAACCAUAUCAGAAGAAACGUAUUAAAGUUUAUAUGAUGUACUAUUAAAGCUAAUUGACAAUAUAAAUGAUUUCUGUUUAUGUAAAGGAUUGUAGUAAAAAAAAAGUCUAUCAUAUAAGUAAAUGUAAAUAAAAAAAUAUGCUUACGAAUGAUGCUAAAAACCGAAUAUAGAAAAAAAUUGUAUGCCUGUUCUCUAGAAUAUUGUGAAUUCUUUGAAGUAUCAAAGAAUAAU